UCUUUCCCUCUUCUCUCUGUUGUAGGUGUGUAUAUCAUCAAGACACACACCCAAAUUUCAUAGUUUUGGAUUAUCGUUCACCAGUUGUUAGUGGCGAUGGAACGAUCGUCGUCGAGAAGAGAUGGCGCCGGCUGUUACGAUGAUGAUCUGCUGAACAGCGAGAGCGACGGAAAACAAAAUAAGGAGGUCGGUGAGAUGGAUUCGAUUGAGAGAAUAUUUGAGAGCAAGGAGGUUCCGCCAUGGCAGAAUCAGUUAACGGUGCGAGCAUUCGUUGUAAGCUUUAUUUUAGGGGUUAUGUUUACCUUCAUCGUUAUGAAGCUUAACCUCACUACCGGAAUUAUUCCAUCUCUCAACGUCUCCGCUGGACUGUUAGGGUUCUUCUUCGUGAAGACCUGGACAAAGUUUCUCAAUAAAUCCGGUCUGUUGAAACAACCGUUCACGAGGCAGGAGAAUACUGUUAUUCAGACAUGCGUCGUCGCUACCUCCGGGAUCGCCUUCUCCGGAGGAUUUGGGAGUUACCUGUUUGGGAUGAGUGAUGUGAUAGCCAAGCAGUCAAACGAAGAUAACGCUUCCCAGAAUGUAAAGAACCCGUCUCUGGGUUGGAUGAUUGGUUUUCUUUUCGUUGUUAGCUUCCUUGGACUCUUUUCUGUCGUACCUCUUCGCAAGAUAAUGAUCAUCGACUUCAAACUCAUUUAUCCAAGCGGUACCGCAACUGCUCAUCUCAUCAACAGUUUCCAUACUCCUCAGGGAGCCAAACUAGCUAAGAGACAAGUUAGAACUCUAGGCAAAUUCUUCACCUUCAGCUUCCUAUGGGGUUUGUUUCAGUGGUUCUUUACUGCAGGAGAAGGUUGUGGUUUCUCAAACUUCCCUUCCCUUGGUCUGGCGGCACAUGAAAACAAGUUUUACUUCGACUUCUCAGCAACUUACGUGGGCGUUGGCAUGAUCUGCCCGUAUCUAAUCAAUGUAUCGUUGUUGGUUGGAGCAAUCAUUUCUUGGGGUUUAAUGUGGCCGCUCAUAAACCUUCGAAAGGGGGAUUGGUACUCUGCAGAUCUUGAUUCCGGUAGCCUCCAAGGUCUCCAAGGUUACAGGGUCUUCAUAGGCAUAGCGAUGAUCCUAGGUGAUGGGCUUUACAACUUCUUUAAAGUCCUUGGUCACACUCUCUUCGGUUUAUAUCGCCAAGUUCGUGACAAAAAAUCGGAAACUGAACUCCCCGUUAGCCGUAAUUCCUCAUCUGGACUUUCUUCUCUAUCUUAUGAUGACCAACGACGCACCCAACUCUUUCUCAAGGAUCAGAUCCCGAUGUGGAUAGCCAUCGUGGGCUAUCUCGUCAUUGCGGCCAUCUCCAUCCUCACAAUUCCACACAUUUUCCGACAACUCAAAUGGUACCACAUUGCGGUUAUCUACCUAUUCGCACCGACCCUAGCCUUCUGCAACGCGUACGGAUGCGGGCUCACCGACUGGUCCUUAGCGUCAACCUAUGGAAAGCUCGCAAUCUUCAUAAUCGGAGCUUGGGCCGGUGGAUCCAACGGCGGUGUUCUAGCCGGACUAGCCGCUUGUGGAGUCAUGAUGAACAUCGUCUCAACCGCUUCCGACUUGAUGCAAGACUUCAAAACCGGCUACAUGACCUUGGCUUCACCACGCUCCAUGUUCAUUAGCCAAGUUAUCGGCACCGCCAUGGGCUGCAUCAUCUCCCCUUGCGUCUUCUGGCUCUUCUACAAAGCCUUUAAUAACCUCGGAACUCCCGAUUCCGAAUAUCCUGCACCGUACGCUCUCAUCUACCGAAACAUGGCCAUCCUCGGAGUCGAAGGCUUUUCUUCGUUACCUAAACACUGCAUCGCUCUAUGCUACGGGUUCUUCGGUGCCGCGAUUGCCAUAAAUGGAAUCAGAGACGCCGUUGGAAAGGAGAAAGCGCGGUUCAUCCCGAUUCCGAUGGCGAUGGCGAUUCCGUUCUAUAUUGGUGGUUAUUUCGCAAUUGAUAUGUGUGUGGGAAGUUUGAUAUUGUUCGUUUGGUCGAAGGUGAAUAAGGCGAAGGCGGCGGCGUUUGGAUCGGCGGUGGCUUCCGGUUUGAUCUGUGGCGAUGGGAUAUGGACGUUACCCAGUUCGAUAUUGGCGUUGGUGGGUGUUAGGCCUCCAAUUUGCAUGAAGUUUCUUUCGAGGGGUGCAAAUGCAAAAGUUGACAAAUUCUUAGGGUCUUAA